UCAUAAACCUUAACUUAAACCCGCAAAACCUUUGAUUGGAUGCUGGUAAAUCGGCUCCACAGCUUCGGCAACGGCGCUGACGCCGGUUGGGGAGCAAUUUUUCAAGCGUAAUGUCAUAUAAUUUGGCUGCCAUUUUAUCCGAGUGAAGCUCUGGUAUGUAGGGUUUUUUAGAAAAAAGAUAAACAGGCAUUUUUGUUGGCAAUAUUUAUAAAAGAAUUGGGAUGAAUAGAAGAGCAAAUGGAUUUGGUUUAUAGAUGUCAUUUUACGACUUCCAGUAUGGUAUGGAGGCGGAGAUGGAAGGGCAUGUGUCAUUGCUGUGCAGGUGUAGAGCUCAACAGAAAAAAACAAGUGGUCUUCAUGGGUUCGCCUACUGUGGCUGCCAAUGCGCUGGACAAGCUGCUUGAUGCAUCUCAUUCAGAGAGUUCUAUCUUCGAUGUCUCAGCAAUUGUUACACAGCCAGCAUCUGGCAGAGUUCGAGGGAAAAAAAACAUUCCUUCUCCCGUUGCACAGCGGGCAUUAGAUAGGAGUUUUCCAUCUGAUUGUAUUUUUACGCCAGAAAAGGCUGGGGAGGAAACAUUUCUCGCAAAUAUGAGAGAAUUGAAACCAGAUCUCUGUGUGACAGCAGCUUAUGGAAACAUUUUACCCAACAGAUUUCUAGAAAUUCCAAAGCAUGGUACAGUGAACAUACACCCUAGCUUGUUGCCACUAUACAGGGGAGCUGCUCCAGUACAAAGAGCAUUGCAGGAUGGGGUACAAGUUACAGGGGUAUCAGUUGCAUUUACAGUCCGUGCACUGGAUGCAGGUCCUAUCAUUGCAUCUGAAAGUUUGGAAAUUGACAAUUCUGUUAAAGCACCUGAGUUACUUGCUGUUCUUUUCGAUCGAGGAGUACACAUUUUGUUGCGUGAGCUUCCAUCAAUCUUGAAUGGAUCAGCUGCAAGUAAGGCACUAGAACAAGAUGAGUCCAUGGCAUCGUUAGCACCUAAGGUGAGCACUGGAGAGUCAUGGCUUUGUUUUGAUCAACCAGCUUUGACCCUACAUAACAAGGUUCGAGCAUUUGCAGGCUGGCCAGGAACAAGAACAAAAGUAGAGAUUCAUGACCACACUACCAACGAAACUCAAAUUAUUGAGGUUAAAAUUAUCACAACAAAAGUGGGAUCCAAAGACUGUCACGAUGAGCAUAUAAAUAGCAAAGAUCCUAUACUCCUUGAUGGGGACGCUCUCAUAUUUUGUUGUGGGGGAGGCUCUACACUCGAGGUAUUGGAGCUUCAACCUCCUGGGAAAAAGCCAAUGAGAGCACGAGAUUUUUGGAAUGGUUUACGCGGUCGAAAGCUAUUCGAGGCCUGAAGUGAAAAUGAGAUUCACAUUUCUCAUUUUUUGUCAAACUUACAUAUUGAUCCAUGCAAACAUGCCAUAUUACAGAGCAGACAAAAGAGGAAAGAAAAGUAAGGAAUGUGAAAUUCACUUGGUUGAAGAGUGAUGGAUAUGGAUACUUUGGCCCCAUCAUUGUCAUAUUUUUUAUUAGGAGAGAACUUAGUAGUUGGGUAUCCUCUGUUGGCGUGUUUGCUGUGUUUAUAUGGAGACAUUUUAAAAGACAAUUGUUUUUAAUAAGACUUGUAAUUUUUAUUUCUCCUGAUUAAGGAGAUUUUAAAUAAAGAUGAAAUGUUGGUCCAA